GAAGAUGUGGGGAUAAUGGCAGAAAUGGGGUUAAAUGCCUACAGAUUCUCAAUCUCAUGGUCUCGAAUUAUACCUAAGGGAAAGGUAAAGGGAGGCAUCAACAAGGAAGGAGUGCAAUACUACAACAACCUCAUCAAUGAACUCCUUGCCCACGGUAUUCAACCUUUCGUGACACUAUUCCAUUGGGACCUUCCCCGAGCCCUAGAGGAGGAGUAUGGUGGUUUCUUGAGUCCUUGGAUUGUAGAUGAUUUCCGGGACUAUGCGGAGGUUUGCUUCAAGGAAUUUGGUGACAGAGUCAAACAUUGGAUAACUCUGAAUGAGCCAUGGACAUAUAGUGUCGGUGGAUAUGCCAAUGGACAAUUGGCACCAGGUCGAUGCUCCGAUUGGCAAAUGCUCAACUGCACAAGUGGUGAUUCAGGCACUGAGCCAUAUAUCGUCGGACACAACCAGCUUCUUGCUCAUGCCAACGUUUCUAAGUUGUACAAAGACAAGUAUCAGGCAUCUCAAAAAGGAGUUAUAGGAAUAACAUUGGUUUCUCAUUGGAUGGUGCCUUACUCAGAUGAAAAGCAUAAUCAAAAUGCAAGGCGAAGAGCCCUCGACUGGAUGUUGGGAUGGUUCUUGGACCCGAUAACGUACGGCAACUAUCCACACAGCAUGCGCUUGCUCGUAGGAAAAAGGCUUCCCAAGUUCACGAAGGAGCAAUCACUGUUGGUGAAAGGUUCGUUUGAUUUUCUCGGGUUGAACUACUACACCUCGAACUACGCAAAGUACAUGCCUUACUCGAAUGCUUUGAAUUCAAGCUACCUGACCGAUGCUCGCACAAACCUCUCGACUGAACGCAACGGGAUUCCAAUUGGUCCUAGGGCUGCUUCAAGAUGGCUAUUUGUUUAUCCCAGUGGAUUACAUAGUCUUUUGAUGUACGUAAAGACUAAAUACCAAAAUCCACUCAUUUACAUAACUGAGAACGGAAUCGAUGAGUUCAACAACUCAACAUUACCAUUGGAGCAUCAAUUGGCUGACUGCAUGAGGAUCAAUUAUUAUUAUCGCCAUCUCUUGUACCUUUAUAAAGCAAUCAAGGAUGGUGUCAAUGUGAGGGGCUACUUUGCAUGGUCAUUGCUAGACAAUUUCGAAUGGAGCUGGGGAUACACUGUCCGAUUUGGGAUCAAUUAUGUCGAUUACAAGAAUGGAUUGAAGAGAUAUCCAAAACAAUCGGCAAUUUGGUUCAAGAGUUUUCUCAAUGAGUUUUGAGUCAAUAA